AUGGAUAAUCAGGAACGAUCAACCAAGAAGAGGAAAGUAGCCGAAAGGGACUCCAAAAAGCCAGAACCAACUACAGUUGCUAAAUCCCCCGUCGGGAAGAAGAACACACAAAAAAAGCCUGCGAACGGACCAAAAUCACCAAAAGCCAAGUCGGAGAAGUCUGAAAAGACUGACAAGCCAUUGGUCGAAACCGAAAAGCAGGACGAUGUACAAGAAGUUGCCAUUGCUGUCAGCGAUGUAACUUUAUCGACUCCAAAGGUCUUCUCAGACCUGAACCUCACACCCGAAAUCCAGAAGACAAUCUCUGCUAUUGGAUAUUCAGAAUUGAAGGGAAUCCAAUCGAGCGCAAUUCCUGCUCUUCUCACCGAUAAAGAUGUCAUAGUUACAUCGGCUGCUGGAAGUGGAAAAUCCACCGCUGCCCUUGUAUCCUCCAUCUCGCUCCUCCAAUCGAAGCGUUUCAGGCCUCGCAAUGGAACGGGUGUCAUUAUCUUGACCCCUACCCGCGAGGUAGCUCAUCAAUUUCUGGGGGUUGCAACUGAGCUCCUCGAGGAUGCCCCCCAGAGCGUGGGCAUUGUCACUGAUCAAGCCAACUUCCGGGCAGAAGCCGAGAAAUUGACGAGGGGUAUCAAUUUGCUUAUCGCUACCCCCUCGCAGCUCUUGGAGCAUUUGAAAAAGACGCUUGCCUUCAGCGUAAAGGGCCUGCAUACUAUCAUCCUUGAUGAUUGUGAGCGGUUAAUGGACACCAAGACACAAGAGUCUGUUAAACAGAUCCUCGAGCUUCUUCCCAAAAAGAAGCAGAUUGUUCUCCUAACAAGCACUGAAUCGAGCGUCGCUGAGGGUCUUCCUCUGAAAAAGCCGGUAACCGUACGAGCCAAGGGCACGACUUCCUCAGAAGUAGUUACUGAUGCAAGUCGUGUUCAAGGCUAUGUCAUGGUAUCGACUGACAAACGCUUCAUACUACUCUUCUCCUUCGUGAAGAAAUUCCAAAAGAAGAAGGUGAUCGUUGUAACAUCUUCAACCGCAGCUGCAAAGGCUUACGGUGAUAUCUUGAACGCUAUGGACCUUCCUGUUUCCCAGAUGCAUGGGAAGCAAAAUAGCAAGAUCAAUGCUUCAAAUCUUGCCGAGUUCAAUGAGGCAGAGCAAGGAACUUUGAUUUGCACAGACGCAGUGUAUCAAACUCUUGAGGCUCCCAAAGUCGACUGGAUUGUCCAAUAUGACCCGCCAGAAAACCCAACCCGUUAUAUCUCCCGCAUUGGUACAAGCACAGCCAAGAGCGUAAUCUUCCUUCAGCCUACAGAGGCUGGUUUCAUCGACUACUUGAAAGACGCCGGGGUUACUCCUGAAGAGUUCGAUUUCUCAAAUAGACAACUCGCGGCCGUCCAGCUGAACCUGCGGAAAUUGGUCGCUAAGAACUAUGCCAUUCAUUGCGAAGCAAAGGAUGCCUUCAGAUCAUACCUCAAAAACUACACAUCCCACAUCCUCCCCUCCGUCUUUUCCGUAAAAGCCCUCGACCUGGUCCAAGUAUCCAAAAGCUUCGGCUUCGAGGUGCCGCCACGAGUCGAGGUCGGGGAGCCAGAGGCGAAGGAGGAGAGGUGGAAAAUGACGUAUGGGCCGGCAACGUCGGGACUCCAAGGCGUCAAGAGAAGAAGAGGCAUCACGGGUUAA